AUGUAUACCAAGAUAUGGGCUAAUAAGGAGUAUAUUGUUAAGGAAGCUUAUGCAGUAGUUUUGGAUGGGGCUCCCGGUCGUGACAAUGAAGAUAAGGAAUUGGCGGUUGUGUGGAGUAAAAUCGUCCCUCUAAAAGUGUCGGUGUUGGUAUGGAGACUAUGGCAAAACAAAAUUCUGACGAGGGAUAACCUAAUCAAGAGAGGUACCUUGGACGAAGCUCAUAAUUCUUGCCCAUUCGGUUGCGAAAAAGAGGAAAAUGCGAACCACAUUUUCUUCGAGUGCCCAUUUGCAGCAUCAACCUGGAGUGCUAUUUUGAGAUGGCUAAACAUUUCUUGUGCUCUUCAUAAUUUGGCUGUGCGGAAUUUUUUUCCAAUUUACAGGUUUAUGCAGUGGUGGCAAAAGCGUAAAGGAAAAACUUCUCGCUAUCUGAUUCUCUUACACGGGUCAUCUCUGAAAUCCAAGUUCUCUCAAUAUGCACACUCGAUAGGAAUUAAGGUCUAG